AUGGAGGAGAAGCCGGCGACGCGAAAUAACUGUCGACGUCAACGCCGACCGAUCCUUGCAAUGACCCUCAUCGUCGCAUCCCUCUACGCACUUUAUAUGGUGUUUUCCAACCAUGCCGUAUCCGCAUACGCUAUUAUGUUCGUCCAGGAACCUUCUCGACAGCAAUCAUUGACGCCAACCUCCAGCAUUUCUGUCUCGACGGAUUCAGAGCUCGUCCCUCUAGAAGCGCAUAUAAUGAGCAAAUGCCCCGAUGCUAGGGAUUGUCUCAGAGACUUAGUACUACCUGCUAUGAUGCGUGUAAAUGAGAAAGUCAACUUUACAUUGUCGUACAUUGGAACGCCGACGGAAAAUGACGGCGUCGAAUGUAAACAUGGCCCCAACGAAUGCAUGGGCAACAUCAUCGAACUCUGCGCGCAUCAUCUGUACCCGGACCCCAAGAUCUAUCUCGGGUUCACCAUGUGCUUGUCGAAGGAUUUUAAGGUGAUCCCGCAGCGAGAAUUAGUUGAAGAUUGCGCGCUGGAACACGCUAUUGACUUUGAGAAAUUAAAUGAUUGCGCUGCAAAGGAUGACGGAGCUAUUGGGAUGGCUAUGCUAAGAGAAAGCAUCCAGAGGACUGCUGACGUACGUUCUACGUAG